AUGUCGAAAAUACACCCUCCUGGCGGGUACGAUAUGUCUUCGACGCUCAGCAGUCCACCAAAUGCUUUUGCUUUUCAAAGCUCGGCUUGGGAUCUGAUUGCCAGCUUCGCAGAUUCGUCGCUGUCGAAUGCCUCUGAGCAUUUUGGUGCCCCAACCGUCGACGACGUCGUCACAUUUGCUCAGCAACUGCAGGCCACCGGUCUGGCCAUCUGCAGUACCGACGAUCUUGAAGACAUCAACGCGGGAGAGCCCAUCGGCUGUGGAACCACCAUGACCGUCUUCAAGUGCCGAUGGAAAUCAAGAAAGAAAGUUGUAGCCGUUAAGAGAAUUAAUCUCGGCGUUCCUCUCGGAAAGUCCAUGCUUGAGAUUCACGAGGAGGAGUACCAAGAAUUACUUAAGUCACUAUUCCUGGAACUCCGAGUCAUGAAUCAUCCGUGGUUCAAAGCUCACCCGAACUUUGUCGACCUCCUUGGUCUCUCGUGGGAUCGUGUAGAGGGUGACUUAGCCAUAAGUACCUACCGCCCUUCAAUCAUCGUUGAAAUCGCGGAUCAGACGACUCCCACUCUCAAGGAUUUCAUAUCCUGGUAUAAAAGACCAUGGAGCAAUGAACAUCAGCAGCUAGUCUUUGAUUUGCUUACCGAUACAGCCGAAGCGGUAGCAAUGCUCCACGCUACCAAAAUGGUGCACGGAGAUCUUAAGCCAGAAAACAUCCUCCUGUUUCCAGCUCCAAGGCGGCUCGUGGCGAAGCUUUCAGACUUUGGGUUCUGUAGUCCAUUCAUUGAGAACAGGGAGCGAAUUGGAGGAACACUUUAUUGGAAUGCCCCCGAGUGCAUGGUUCAUGCGCCGCCGGCCAUCAAACCAUUUGCCAAAACAAUGACGAGAGACCUCUAUUCGUAUGGCCUGGUCAUGUGGUAUGCCCUGUUCCCCGAUAUGCCAUACGGCCCCGAAUCGUCCGCCAAUGAAUCUGUCAUCCGCGAUUGGAAGCUCAACCAAGAUACAACCUCACUAUUACGAAAACACAUCAUUACACACGCUACUGGCCUUAGUGAGCUAAACAGCCCGCUUAUUGAACAUUUGAAAGAUAAUUCUACUCCUCACGACAUGCUGUGGUUUCAGAUUUGGACCGCCAUGGCUGAGCUGCUACGGAUGCAGCCGAACAAACGGGACGUAUCCCUUGGAACGAUGCAUCGUAUAUUAAAGACUCCCAACAGGUGA